ACUGUGAACAGGAAACACAGGGCAGUCUAGAUAAUAGAUAUCAUCAAUAGUCUUCCUUUCUCUGGGUAUUAUAAACUGUCUCAUGUAAGAACCAGUCUCUGCCACAUGUGCCCAGCGCCACCGACGCAACAGGCGUCAGCGGAGGAGGGCUGAGAGCAAGCCGAUUAAAGCACCUGUACAGUUACACACUAUGUGAGUGCUCAUCUACGGGCACCACAGCGAACGAGCAGGUAUACACAGUCCAAUCUUUACGCGGGGUGGUCGCAGAAGUGAUCAGAUGAUUAAUGGAGAAAUUGCUGUUAUAACAACAGAGCAACUGAGUGUAUAUGUUUAUGGAGUUCAAGCGGUCACCAUGGUUUAACACGGAGGAAACCAAAUCGACGCUAAACGGCGCGUCGGGAAGCACACAAAACUUCUGGUCUUCACACAGGAGCUGCAGAUUUUUUGGGAAACUAAGGAUUUGUUUGUUGUAAGUAGUUCUGAUUACUCUAAUCACAUUGGAAAUGGAUUACGAUGGGCAACCUAUAGCACCAAAUGGGGAUUCCAAAAAGUGCAGCAGAGGGAGAUUAUUCCCCCUCUGGCGCUCAUCAUCGCAGACAUCAACGCGGGGUGAGGGUGCAGGAGAAGUGAGCAGGAGGCUGCUGUCUUUCGUGAACCCAAAUCACCAACAGCCCUCAACACAACAAAACUUCAAAAUGACAGACUCCAUGGAAGGAUCUCAGACUUCUACAGUAACAACUUCCACAACCAGAUGUGGCUCGACAACUGCUUAUGAUUUAAAGUACCCGGGCGAAAUGCCAAGAACUCCAUCUCCAGGCAUAGACGAACAGGAUCAGGGCAUGCAUAGUAGGACUACCACCUUCCAAAUGCGACUCAGUUCGAUGCUCCUACCCGGAGUCAAUAAAUUCUCCCUACGAAUGUUUGGUAGCGCUAAAGGAGUGGCCGCGGAGCAACAGCGGGUAAAAUCUUACAACGUGUGGAUAAUUCACCCAUACAGCGACUUCAGGUUCUACUGGGACCUGGUUAUGCUGUUCCUGAUGAUGGGAAACCUGAUCAUCCUGCCAUGGGGCAUCACCUUCUUCGAGGACCAGAACACGGCACCGUGGAUCACAUUUAAUGUGGCCUCAGAUACACUUUUCCUUCUGGACCUGAUCUUCAACUUCCGCACAGGUGUGCUGGAAGGUGAUGGUGCUCAGAUCAUCUUGGACCCACAGGUGAUCCGUAGUCGGUACCUGCAUGGCUGGUUCCUAGUGGACUUCAUUUCCUCCAUUCCAGUGGACUACGUCUUUCGGCUGGUGGAUCUGAGGGCCCGGAUGGAGUCAGCGGAGGUGUACCGCACCGCACGGGCGCUGCGCAUCGUCCGCUUCACUAAAAUCCUGAGCUUGCUGCGCCUUCUCAGGCUCUCCAGACUCAUCCGCUACAUCCACCAGUGGGAGGAGAUGUUCCAUAUGACCUAUGACCUUGCGAGUGCGGUGGUGCAGAUAGUGAACCUGAUUGGCAUGAUGAUGUUGCUGUGUCACUGGGAUGGCUGCCUGCAGUUCAUCGUGCCCAUGAUGCAGGACUUCCCGCCUGAUUGCUGGGUCACCAAAAACAACAUGGUGAAUGCCAGUUGGCAGCUACAGUACUCCUAUGCCUUCUUCAUGUCUAUGAGCCACAUGUUGUGCAUCGGGUACGGGGCACAGGCACCGGAAUCUUUGACAGAUGUCUGGCUGACCAUGAUCAGCAUGAUCAUUGGCGCUACCUGUUAUGCCAUGUUUCUGGGCACUGCUACCAACCUGAUUCAAUCUCUGGACUCUUCCCGUCGACAGUACCAGGAGAAGUAUAAGCAGGUGGAACAGUACAUGUCAUUCCACAAGCUUCCCGCUGACCUGCGACAGAAGAUACACGAGUACUAUGAGCAUCGCUUCCAGGGCAAAAUGUUCGAUGAGGACAGCAUCUUAGGAGAGCUCAAUGAUCCACUCAAAGAGGAGAUAAAGGGCUUCAACUGCCGUGAGUUGGUGGCCAACAUGCCAUUCUUCGCUAACAUUGACCCCCAUUUCGUGACUGUGGUGCUGACCAAAUUGUGCUUUGAGGUGUUUCUCCCAUAUGACGUCAUCAUACGGGAAGGAACGCUAGGCUGCAAGAUGUACUUCAUACAACACGGCUGUGUCAAUGUUAUAACCAGUGACAAGAAGGAGAAGCAGCUCAGUGAUGGCUCAUACUUUGGGGAGAUCUGUUUAUUGACUCGUGGACGCCGCACGGCCAGUGUGAAUGCAGAAACAUACUGCCGCCUCUACUCCCUGAGUGUGGACAGCUUCAACGAGGUCCUGGAGGAGCAUCCAUUGUUACGCAGAGCUUUUGAGAGCAUUGCUAUGGAGCGCAUUGACCGCCCAGACAUUUCUAUCCUUCCACCAGGAGAGAGAGACAUUAAGACAGAGAAGGAGAGUGAGGGAGAGGAUGAAAGCAUGCAGUGAUGGAGACAAGCAAGGAAGAACUACCACUGUGUGGGUGGGGCAAGGUCCCUUCAAUGAAACUUGUCUUCUAGCACACCUAAACCAUGGUCGGCUCAACCUCAACAUUAGGUUUGAAUUGUACACAACACACCUGUAUUUAGUUGCUAAUCAAUAUAUGCCCUAUACUGAAACUGAGACCUGCCUUUGAUGACAAGAAAUGAACAAGAGAGUUUAUUUGCAUACAAUGCAGAUGUCUUCCUCCUCAUUGACUGUUCUGGACUGAAUCGCUGUGAUUAUUGGAAAUUGGAAAAGCCAGUCCAUCACAGACACAGACUUUUCAGUAUAUACAUUUUUCAGUGGACUUUAAAUGAAUGCUACAACUGUGUAUUAUUUUAUUAUUAUUUCUUGCAAGAUUUAAACACCAUCCACAGUCUCUCACUAGGAAAUCAGGCUGGUCACAGUGACCUCUACUCACAAAUAGACUUAAAAACAAUUGCUUUUGUCUUCCAGUUUUUCUCUUACAAGAGACAUUUUAUUAUAGCUGCAUUUCGUGUAACAGGAAGAAAACAAUACACAUUAUCAUAUAAGGCACCUGUCACUUCUUAGAACUCAAUUGUGAUACCCAAGUUCCAUGUUUAAAAAAGUCCUAAAUGAAGUUACUAGAUCAUACAGGACAUUUUAAAUACUUUCUGAAAAUUGACAUUAGGGCAGUGUGCAUAUAACUGGACUGAACAGGCAUGUAUCCUACGUCACUGUGUUGGGCUUAAAUAGUAUCUGCAUCUGAUGUGUAGGCCUAGAGUAGGGUGACCAGCUUUCUGAAAUGAAAAUCUGGGACAUUUCCAGUUUGGCAGUCAAUAUGUCACUAAAAUAUCCACUGUUUUUAUCUCUGAAAUAAAAAAAGAGGGACAGUU